AUGGGAUAUAUUAUAUAUGAAUUUAUGCGGAUGAUUGCGGAAAUGAAGCGAGAAUUUCAGCUACAGAUGCUCGCCAUGCAGAACCUCAUCACAAAUCAGCAAGAGCAAACGAAGGCUAGCGUCGCGGCGUUGCAGAAAGAGUUGCAAGACGUUACCAAGAAGCUGCCGGCUAUAUCUGCAGGCACGAGAGAUGCUACUCCAAAGUCCACUGCAGGUAAAACUAUACCGCCUGGGAUCGUCAACUCAUACCCCGUAAACCCUCCAUUAUCCACUGCAAACACCACAACGGGAGUUUCAGCGAAUUUGAGAGUUGCCGUUACGACACCUAACAGCGCUGCCGUCUCAAACGCACAAGCCUCUAUUGCGUCCGAUACUGGGGUAAAUAACUGUACUGGUGGGAUAGGUGUUCCAAGUCAACGUGAAACCGCCGACCCAUGUCUAGGCGACGUGUUUUCAUCAACAUCUUGCGCAGCAAGUAUGACAACAACGACCAACACUACGCGUUUUCAUCCGGCUACAAUUGCACGAACUACUCCAGCAGCUGGGGCUCCUACAAAUGGUAUGUCCACCGCUAGAUCGACAAACGUCAAUGCCUUUCCAUCGUUUCCGGCUGCUGUAGCUCAAAUAACAAAUGCUUCUGGGUCGCACUCACAAGCGGGCAUUUCUUCAGAUGAGUAUUUUGCUAAUUUCAAUUCUUUAGGUUACGCACCUGCCAGAGCUCAUAAAAUCUACCCAUUGCCAAAGUUUGGUGGACAGCCUGAAGAAUGGCAAGCUUUUAUAGAAGACUUCCAAACGACAACCAUCGAAUUUCAAUACAAUGAAUUACAUAGUAUUAUGAGAAUACGUGAAGCACUGUAUGGGCCUGCCAGGGAAAUGGUAGAAUCACUUUUAUCCAGUGCGAAAAAUAUCAAUGCUAUAUUAACAACGCUAGCGGAAACAUAUGGUCGUCCAGAACAGCUAAUAAAGAGCCAGCUCGAAAAGGUACAAUCCUUGCAGCCUGUUCCCGAACGAAAAUUAGAUAGGUUAAUCGCGUUUGCUAAUAAGGUAAAUAAUAUGUUAUUAUUCUUGCAAUCAGUGGGCGCACAACAUCAUCUGGUAAACCCGUUUUUGGUUAGUGAGCUUGUAUCGAAGUUGCCGAUGACACAUCGUAUGCAGUGGGCUGAAAAAUGUAUGGAAUUGGGUCGUGCACCUAACAUAGUGGAUUUUGGGCAGUGGUUGACAUGCUUGCGUAGAUUUGCUAACAUGGUGACGGAUAGCCUACUGCCCUCACAAAUUUCUAUAAAUUCCCGUGCGCAUGGUAACGUGCCUGGAGUGAACAAGGGCAAAUACUCGAUGUUUAGUCUUGCGCGCCGUAAAUGUAUUAUUUGCGAAGGCGAUUGUCAAUCGCUUGCUUCGUGUGAAAAGUUCACUAAACUACCAGUUGAGCGCAAAUGGGAGCAUGUAAAGGAAAUGAAAGUCUGUUUUGCCUGCCUUAAAUCCAAUCAUACCGUAAAUAAAUGUUUUUCAAAGAAGUGCUGUGGAAUAAAUAAUUGUCAAAAAUACCACAAUCGUUUAUUACACUCGAUUCAUACUGAUUCCAGUGAGUCAUCGACCAGUGAUCGAGUAAGAGGGGAGGUGCCCCAUGAAAAGGUUAGUUGCCACGUUGGUAGAAAUGCAAAUGAGGUUUUAUUUCAAAUCAUGCCCGUUAAGUUAAUGAAUCGCGAGAAAGAGGUUGUUGUGUACGCAUUCAUAGAUGAUGGUGCUGACGUCUUCAUGCUGGAUUGGAGUAUUGCAAACGACCUUGGCCUUAGUGGAACGAAAGAGCACCUGGAGAUAUCUUGGCUUAAUGGUCAUUCCGAAAAAGAACCUACAGAAGUGGUUGAGCUAGGUAUUAGCGGCACCGCGUCACAUGCAAAACAAUUUAAGAUAUCGAAAGUAUAUUUGAACAAAAAUUUGAUUCUGCCAAAGCAGUCAUUUAAUAAGAACGAAGUUCUGGGAUUCAAUCCAAGUUUUGACGACGUACCUUUGGAUAGUUAUUCUGACGUCCAGCCCAAAAUGAUAAUUAUCCUUACGCAUGCAUUUUUAACAGUGCCAAUUGAAGGUCCUCGAUUGUCGGCCAUAAACAUGCCCGCAAUUUGUAAAUCGCGUUUGGGCUGGGUAAUUUUUGGCCCUACUGGAGAACGCUCCACGACGAAGAGAAGUGUACUACACGCUCAUCGUAUUAAACACAACGACGAUAGUGAAAUGGACGAGAUUAUGCGCCAAUAUUUUGAAAUAGAGACAUGCGGUGUCAAAACUAAUGCGAGGCCAUUGACGUCAAAAGCAGAUGACAGAGCACUGAAAAUAUUAAACGAUACAAUCAAGCUAAAAAGAUGGUCGCUAUGA